AUGUUUAAGUUAUUUGGAAUCAACGUAUUUGCUCGAGAUGAAGAUACUUCUAUCAAGAAUUCGCCAUUUUCCACCAAACAGAUGUUCAAGUCUCGUGAGGAAUUGUUUGAGUGGACACAAAACAAAGCACGCUCUCUAGGAUAUGUCAUUAUCAAUAAAAGAUCAAAGGCAUAUGUCAACAACUUCGUGUAUAAAGUCAUACUUAUGUGUGAUCGUGGGGGUGAAUAUAAAGCUACUAACACGGUUAGAGCAUCUGGAACCAGAAAGACUAAUUGUAAGUUUGAACUGGAAGGAAAGUAUUCAAAAGAACAUAAUAAAUGGAGGCUGAGGGUAAUAUGUGAUGAUCAUAAUCAUCCGCCUGCACAACAUAUGGAGGGUCAUCCAUAUGUAAGACGGUUAUCUGUUGACGAGACUCGUUUGGUGGAAGAUCUAACAAGAAAGAACUUGGCGCCACGUGAUAUUCUGUCAACCUUAAAGGCGCAAAACGAAAAUAAUGUAUCGGUAGCUCAAACAAUAUAUAACGCACAACAAAAGAUCCGCAGACGCGAGCAAGCAGGAAAAACUCCAAUGCAGGUUCUUAUGUCCCUUUUGCACACCAAUAAUUAUUUGUAUGAGCUUACUACAGGCGAUUCAAAUGAGUUGGAGAAUCUAUUUUUCGUCCAUCCAACGUCUUGGAAGAUAUGGCGUGCAUUUCCACAUGUGUUGAUGAUAGAUGCCACCUACAAAACGAACAAAUAUAAUAAGCCGCUUGUAGAAAUUGUUGGUAUGACCUCAACUCGGAAGACAUUCUCUGUAGGUUUUGCCUUUAUAGAUAGAGAAAAAGAGGCCAACUAUACUUGGGUGUUAAAUUGUGUAAAGUCAAUACUCGAUAAGUGUAUGCACCCACGUGUAAUAAUCACAGACAGAGAGUUGGCACUCAUCAAUGCAUGUCAAACAGUGUUUCCGGAUGCAGCACGGUUACUUUGUAGAUGGCAUAUUGAGCAAAACAUUUUAAAAAUUUCCAGCAAGAUCAUAACAUUGGAUGACGACCGUGACUCUUUUAGAGUACUGUGGAAAUUACUAGUUGAGUCUCCAACAUUGAUGACAUACACGGAAAACUACAAACGACUACAAUCAAUGUUGAUAAAUUAUCCACGUGUUAUGAGAUACAUAGAUGAUACAUGGUUAAAUAAGUACAAGGAAAUGUUUGUGUCUGUUUGGGUUGAUCAACAUCUCAAUUUUGGAAACAACACGACCAAUAGAGCGGAGAGUCAACAUUCCAAGUUAAAGAAAAUUUUAAACUCUUCAAACUCUAAUCUUGAUAAAUUCGUGCAACGGAUUAAUCAAGUCGUGCAAUCACAACUUACUUCGAUCUAUGAAAGCUUUGAAAAUAGCUUGACUGUUCGCUACAAUCACCAUAACUUAUCGUGUUUCCAAUUGUUGCGGGGCCAUGUUUCAAACGAAGCUUUAGAUAUAAUAUUAGGAGAGGUUCAAAGGUUGGGUGAUGUAAUGUUAGACUCCUCAAAUUGUGGUUGCAAACUACGUAACAGUUGUGGGUUACCAUGUGCUUGCAUGCUUUCUUUCUAUUCGAUUUCAGGUGAAAGUAUACCCUUGGAUUCAAUAGAUAUCUUUUGGAGGAAGCUUGAUAUUUCAGAUACGACAUCUGUAGUUGACGACGAUAUUAAUUGCGAUGAUGUAGUGGAUAAAUAUAAAGAAAACUUCAACAAGCAAUCAAAAGCCGGGAAAAUGUUUUAUAGGAGAAAGCUAGAAGAGAUAUAUGAUCCGCAUAAAACUGAUGUUGGAGAACCUACGGUUCAAAAAAACACACGUGGACGACCAAGUGUGAAGAAACAACAGAAAAAGAAAGUCAAUCCUCCAAAUCAUGCUCCUCGUAGAUGCAGCUUCUCAACCACGUCGGAGUUUAAUGGGAUGGAUUUAAAUAAAGAACCUGAAAGACAUAGCUUUUCGUGUGGGAUUGACUUAAAUGAUGAACCCCAACGUUAUAGCUUUUCGUGUGGGAUUGACUUAAAUGAUGAACCCCGAAGACAUUAUCCAUUCCAAAUGAAUGGUAUUCCAGAUAUAUUUCAUGAUUACAUCGACGAUAUACAUGAUGUAGAAGGUGAUGGAAAUUGUGGCUUUCGAGCGGUAGCUGUUUGUUUGGGGUAUAAUGAAGACCAGUGGCUUUAUAUUCGAAAACAAUUGCUUGAAGAGUUAGAGAGUCAAUAUUAUGCAUACCAUAGAGUUUUUACUGACGGGUUUAAUGAGGUAUACCAGUCAUUGCGUUGGUUUGAGUCACCUGCACCUCUCCGGCGACAUUGGUUGCAUAUGCCUUUGACUGGUUACUUGAUUGCCAACAAGUUUGGCGUGAUCGUUCAUUGUUUAAGCCACGCACAAUCUACGACAUGUUUCCCUCUUUGGAGAGGCCCCGAAGACUUUCAACCCCAUCGAGCCAUUACGUUGGUACUUGUAAACAAUAUUCAUUAUAUGUCGGUGUUUUUGAAAGGAAAUUACCCAAUGCCUCCUACCACAGCAUAUUGGAAUACCCAUAAAAGUCUGUCUGCAUCUACAUGGCAAACUAUGUAUUGGCCGCGUUUUGAUUUAUACAAUCAACUUAGGUCUCGUACUUCUGAAAGACAUUGGAUACAUAUUAAAGACUAA